AUGGCGAGCGCGACGACGGAGCAGCCGGCCAGCCUCAUCGUCGACGGCGAGGAGGACGAGCAGCAGCAGCAGCUUGACGACCUUGUUGGCCGCGCCGCCGUGGUGGCGAAGGAGGUGAGCAAGCGGGUGUCUCGCCUGGCCGUCGAGGGAGGAGGAGGAGCCGACGCCGCCGCACGCUGCCAGCAGGGCGUCUUGAACAUCGGCGGCGGUGGCGUCGUCGCCAGGCCAGCAGGGAACGGACAUCAUCACGGGGCCGACGCGGGGGCGCCGCAGAUCCGGCGCUCGUUCACGGCCGGCGCGCGGACGCUGCCGCCGCCGCACGCGUGGCUGGCGAUCGAGGACACGAGGAAGCAGCAGCAGCAGCAGGAGCACGACGACAGCGACGAGCAGUGGGCGCGGCUCUUCCGUGGCGGCGGGAGCGGGACGCAGCAUCAGCGGCAGCAGCAGAUGCAGAGGCGGAGCAGCUUCAGCGUGGUGCGGCGGGAGCGCGCGGCGCGGGAGGCGUGGCUGGACCGCGCGUGGGAGAUGAAGCGGAGCUGGCACCAGCGCAACAGCGGCGCACCCGACGCGGACACCCCCGUGGUGGUUGUGGUCGGGACGUCGCCGAGGGUGUCGUCGUCGUCGUCGUCGUCGUCCCAGCAGCAUCAGGCCAUGUCGGCGAGCGGCGGGGUGGCCAUGGACGUGGAGGAGGUCCGCGCGUGCCGGGACCUCGGGCUGGAGCUGCCUUCCGACUGCACCGUGCAGAUCCAGUGCUACGGGCUGUCCGGCGGCAGCAGCCCCACCCACUGCACCACCCCCGGCAGCGGCGCCGACUCGCCCUGCGCCGUCUCCAUCCCUGCUGGUACGUACUACCAUAGUAGCACCAUCUAUUGGUCGUUUAUUCUGAAACUGAAACGUGCUAGAAAUGAAUUCAUCACAGACUAG